AUGAUGGAAUCCUGGGAGCUUUUUCUUCCGACAUCAUGCCGUAUCUUGUCUAUUUAUCCGUUGUGGUCAGGGCUGAGCAGGCAUAGGCAUCCCAGCAUCAGGCUGGAUGAGUUGUUUCAACCGGUUCAGACCAAAAAUAAAUGGUUGAGCAGGUGCAAGGUCGAUUUUGUGCACCCAGAAUUCGAGCAGGUGCUGAGGCUAUUGCUGACGAGGUAUCUGUUACUGUGGAGGUACAUGUUCCUGUGGAGACCGGCUGCUGUCGAGGUGUCCGCUCCUGAGACUGUUGAGGUGUCUCCUGAGACUAUUGAGGUGUCUUCUGUUGAUGUUGAGGUGCAUGCUAAUGUUGAGGUACCCGUUGAGGAGGUGCCUAGUCACCCUUCUAUUAUCAAUAUUAGGCAAUAA